AAUUCUCUUUUUGAGAUUUUUUAUAGUACCUCAAAAUACAUACUUUCUAUGAGAAAGCAGAGAGUAACGUUGCCGGGCUCUCAUCUUUUACAUAAAUUGUUAUUGGAUAUGACCUCUUUUACUGUGUGUGUUGGAUAAAAUAGAUAAAUUUGGAAAUAGAUAGGGUAACUAUCACACACAAUAUUAUACAGUUCCAAUAAAACGAAUGCGACGAUAAAUCUUGAUAGUGCAAUAUUUUUCUUGUAACUCGAGGUGAAGAAUAUUUAUGUACGUGGAGAAUUAAGGAAAUCGUUUUCUGUUAAAACUGACAAUCGUUCUGGAUUGAACGAACAAUAACUUCUAAAUUGUUGUAGAAAUUAUUUCCGAUUGUGUGAAGCUGUCUUUAGAAUUUGCUUGAAAUGGAGGAUGCACAAGAAGAGUUACAAUUUGUGGUAGAUGAUGUAAGUAACAUUAUCAAAGAAGCAAUUGAGGUAUCAAUAGGAGGCAAUGCAUAUCAGCAUAAUAAAGUUAAUCAAUGGACUUCAAAUGUUGUAGAGGCAUGUUUAGGCAAUCUUACAAAAUUACAGAAGGCUUACAAAUAUAUUGUAACUUGUACAAUCAUGCAAAAAAACGGAGCUGGGCUUCAUACCGCGAGCUCAUGUUACUGGGAUAAUGCUACUGAUGGAAGCUGUACGGUACGUUGGGAAAAUAAAACUAUGUAUUGCAUUGUGUCCGUUUUCGGACUGGCGCUUUAGAUUUAUUUAUCUACAAGAUAUAAUUCUAUGCUCGUAAAAAAAAUAAUUUAAUAAUUUCGUAGAUAUGAGAUGUAAUAAACACUACUUUCAAAAAUAAAAUGUUUAAUUCUAAAAUCUUGUCUAAUAAAAGUUGAAUAUUUUUGCACAAAUUAGCAAAAACUGAGGCUAAGAGUAGAAAAGCACAAAUAAUUGUGCUAAUUGAAUGUAGUUAAAGCAAUGAUUAAUAUGAUAUGUGAUAUAAAUAAAAUUGAAUAUAUAUAAAUAGGUGCAGGAAAAUUAUAUUAAUUAAAUAAAUAUUUAAUUUUCUUAGAUUUGCUUUUAUAUGUGAGAAAUGAUAUUCUUUCUAUCUAUACAUUGUAACUUUUAUGAAAUAAAUGCAAAAGGACAUCAAUCA